UCGGGUCACCAGGUAUGACAGCGGGCACUGGGUCAUCAGGCGUGAUAGGAUCAUCAGGCUGGAUCAGUUCAUCAGGCUGGGUACAGACAUGAGGCACAGGCUGAACCACGGAAGGGCAGGUUCUCAGACGGCAGGCUCACUGGUUUGGAUACUGGCAGGAUGGUACUGGUUGGAAAGAAUUUUCGCUUUUUCUGGUUUUAACUACUGGAGCACUGCAAGUAAACGCAGGUCUGCAAACGAUGGAGCAGCUGAGGACAGAGAAGAGCUGGAAGAUGGAAAACAGAGGAGGGAACAGUUGCUACAGAGGACUUCUUUACAGGGUUAAAGAAAGGAUAGGUGCAGCGAGUGGGGAGCAGA